AUGUAUAUCAGAAAACAUCUGGGCACCCUAAAGGAUGGUUGGUGUGAGGAUGCCAUGAAACUGAUGGGACUGAUCGCAUUACGAGGCCACAAUGACAUUCCAGCUUACAAGGAGCUGCUCAGCGACCAUCGCUGGCAAAGACUGGCUGACUUGUACCGUGAAGAAGUGUUUGCUUUGUACCAACUUCCGCACCAAUCCGCUUUUGCCAUGUGCCUUCAGUGCGGACUUAGUGCGUACAAAACACCUCAUUGCUCCCCAGGUGGAGUAGAAAGAUGCCCUACUUGCCAACCGUGUGCUUACGCUCUAGCCGAAGGUCUUCCAUAUGCACAUACCGUCAAUUCAAGGCUGGUUUUUGAUUUUUGGUCUUUUGCAUCACAUCUAACAGCUUUUUGUCUCUAUAGGCUCAUUUGUGCUUACUCUGGUGAGGCGUUGAACGAAGAAAAUCACCCAAUGAUGAUGCCUGACGGUAGAGUCUACGGAGAAAAAGCCAUCCGUGAACUGCAGGUUGACAACAUGGUACGUUGUCCCAGGACCGGCGCUAUGAUUCCCAUUGAGCAGGUUUUGAAAUUGUACGUUCUUUAG